CUUCUCAGAAGGAAGGGAUUAAUAAAGAAAUUUAGAGGCUAAGCUACCAGUUCCCAUUGGGUGAUAUUGUUUGUUAAAUUUCAAAGUCCACACUUGAAUAUCUCUCUCUCUGGUUUUGAUUCUCAGCACAAACUGCAAACUAGGAUUGAAAUUGAAAGCUUUCAAGUGGUUAUUAUGGGUCAAGCUUUUCGGAAGCUGUUUGACACCCUCUUUGGCAAUACCGAGAUCAGGGUUGUGAUGGUUGGUCUUGACAAUGCUGGCAAAACAACUAUACUCUAUAAGCUUCAAAUUGGAAAAGUUGUAUCUACUAUUCCUACUGUUGGUUUCAAUGUGGAGAAAGUUGGGUAUAAGAAUGUUGAUUUUACGGUUUGGGAUGUUGGAGGGCAAGGACGACACAAUUUAAGGCCACUUUGGAAGAACUAUUUUACCAGCAUUGAUGGUUUGAUUUAUGUUGUUGAUUGCCAUGACCGUGAGAGAAUAUAUCAAGUAAAGCAGGAAUUUCAGACAACCAUAAAUGAGCCUUCUAUGCUUAACAAUAUCAUACUGGUGUUUGCAAACAAACAGGACCUUAAAGGAGCGAUGACGAUAACGGAAGUAUGUGAAGGAUUAGGUCUGUUUGAUCUAAGGAACAGAAAAUGGCACAUACAAGGAACUUGUGCUCUAAAGGGAGAUGGCCUUUUUGAGGGCUUGGAUUGGCUGGCUUCAACUUUGAAGGAGAAAAAAGCUGCUGAAUACUCUUAAAUGUGAACCUUAUCCUUCUAAUUGUCAAGGUUUUUCAUUCCAUUAUAUCAUGUGUAUUAUUGUAUAUAAUACAGGUAUUUUGACAUUUGUUGUUGAUGAACAAACGUGUGGAGUUUGGCCAGUUUCAUUUAAGAGUGCUGUAUAAUGUGGAAUUGUUUUACUGUAAACUUGGGUUAAAACUUAUGUAACACAAGACCACAACAUGUUCAAUCAUGAUCUAUGUACAAAAUUAAGUUAGAAAUGUAAGAUAAUGAAAUGCUUGUCUUUCUCAUUA